AUGACAGAAGUAUUGAACUUGAAGAAUGAUGAAAUUAAAGAAAAUUUCACAUAUCUUUCGCGAAGUUCUUUCCCCAUUGAUGGCAUAUCAGACCUCAAAGAAGUCAACUCAGAACCUGAUGAUUUUAUUACACCGGCUCCAUUAAUAGUAGUAAAUGUAUCUCCACAUGAUAAUAAUACCUCACCACCAAAUGUACCAACAAAUGACAUUUUAGAUAUUUCUCAUAAUGUUAUUGAAUCAUUACUACCUGAAGUGGAAUACCCUACUCCACUGCAAUCUGUAAAUAAUAAUGAUGAUUUACAGACUACUGAUAAUUCUAUUGUAAUGACUUCAUCAACCCAACAAAAAAUAGAUUUUAUAGCCACGCCGACUGUUUUAUACAUUAAUAAUGAUUACGAUCUAAGAAAUAUUUCCGACUUUUUUUAG